AUGACAACAGCCCCGAUCAAUCUAUCGCCAUGGGCUCAGCGAUUUGGCCCGUAUCCAAAACGAUGGAAUGUCGAUCGGCAUGGAAAAUACCAUUCUCUCCUUGCACCAAGAUUGCCAGACAUAGAUCCCCAGUAUACGAAUGACAUACCGGGUAUUGAUAUCCCGCUCCCUGGCGUGAAUGCCGAGGGUCAGAUCCCCAGACCAAGUGACACCGAGCUUGACGCGCUAUUUGACGAUGAGAGAUAUCAGCAGAUCAUGCUUCACGGUAUCAAGUCCAGGCAGCUUGGUCUUCUCAGCACAAACACGUACUUGGGAAAGAGUGGGCACACUCAUCUAUCUGGCCCAGAUGGCGCCGGAGACAAUGCAGGCGGAACACCCAUCCAAGUGGACGAAAGCACCUGGCUGCCCUGCAUGCAACGAAAUCGAUGGUAUAAACCACAGGAACGGACCAACGUACCAUUUCCGCAUGUUCAGGACUGGAGUAUUGAUGAUGACAAUAUCUGGUCAAUGCUUAUGCCGAUCUUUGAGCUAGCCAACAGGAUAAUGAACCUGUUGGUAGAAGAACGACAUUCAUACUUUGACAUGUUGCUCUUUGGGGCUAUAUGGCUAGAAGAGAAGGAGCCAAGCCUGCCUCAGCAGCCAGGGAAGUACCGGCAAUUACAACCUUCUGAAAAUCCGCCUCAAACCAAAGACCGGAAGAGGAUUUUCAUUCGAGAGCGGCCAAUGUGGCAACGACCAAACGUCGCAACGUUUCGCACUACUCUCUCGCAGCUUACUCGCAAUGUAAUGUGGUCCUGGAAUGACGAAGACGACUACCGCGCGGCGGGCUACACAGCGCCUGAGGGAUCUACACAAAUUUGCAAUUUGGGAAAACCCAUCGAUCAAAAUGGUCCUAUAUUGAUUCUUCUUAGCACCCAACCGUUACGGGGACUUAUCGAGAGGACGUUGACACAUAGUGAAUCAGGCACUGUAUCUUGGCAUGCCGCGGGCACUAUACUGCAUGAGCUAAUGCAUGCUAUAUGGAUGCAACGGACUUGGAGCGGUCAUUUUAUUACCGAGCCUUUUCUUGGGCAUGAUGGAAUGGCCGAGCUAGGUCGCUCGUUCGAGAAUGUGGUAUGGGGUGGUAUUUCCUUCAUGAUGCAUCAGAACGUGUUAAACUUCAACAGAACGUUCCACAGCAGAGCCAUAGGCUCACGUUUGGACGAUUGGCCAAAUAUUUUCGAUGUCCAAAGUUAUUCUGGGUCUGGUCAGCAGCGCAGGGCAGUCGCUGGCUGGCGUGAAACCGCUCAGUCUGGUGAUGGGGUAGUCUCGUGGCACAUCCCGGCGAGGUGGACGACAUUUAUGUUCACCAAAGAAUUCUGGGAUAUUUUGGUCCCGGCAUAUGGCCUUCGGGCGUUGAGACCCCCUAAAGUGGUGAGCGGAGUCGUGGUACAAUGGCGAAGCCGCCUUCGGGGGUUUCGAAUAAACGCCAGAGAUCCUGUCAACGAGAUGAAGCAACUUGGGCCGUAUUUGCGAUUUCUAAAAAAUCGUCUAUACGACCGGGAACAGCAGAUCAACAGCCUUCGACCAUGGCAAACCGUCGAAUAUGACAAGUGGCAGGUCUCCCCAUGGAGUUGGACAGCUGCAAGGAUUCUCAUCAAAGACUACGCAAUGUUCCAUGCUCAACGCAACUAUAGACAAGCCGCACAUUCGGCUAUGGCAUUGUAUGCCGCCACGGUAGAGGCGUUCAACCUAGAUGUUGGCGUACCUGGCGGGUACCCACAGCUGACUGCAACUUAUUGGCACUACUACAUAAUCUCAGGACUCAUGUAUGCCGCCUUGCCAAUGGUUCCACCGCUACCUGCGAAGCAUUCCAAGGUAACUGUAAGGGUGGUUGUGCCAACGCAACACGCGAACAGCGUGCAUCCAGCCAAAAGCCCAGAUUGCCUAAAAAAACAGCCUCUGAUUCCGAACGAGGUUCAUUACUUAGUAGGUCCAAAAGCGGAAGCCUUCCAGAUAACACAACCGUCAGAAUUCUUAGCGUCCGGACCCAUCAAACAUCCCCUUGAGUAUAUACAGCAUAUCUAUGACUUAUUUACGAAAUUGAAACAAAAUGGGUAUCCAUUCCACGGUGACUGGUACAAUGCUGCGCUGCAAGCCAUCAAGGAUAUUCAGAACUUCAGAAAAACUGAUCAGAUACCUCAUUCAUGGGCCGAUUGGACUUUUCAGGUACCUGACUACAACGCCGAUGCGGACCGCUGGAUGGAGUUUUCUCCCAGUCAGAAUGUAUUUCGGAGAUAUACUGCGGGAAUAGAUAAGUUUGCCCGUGGGUUUUUCCCAAGUCCUCCUCAAGUAUUGCCUCCCAUCCAGGCCCCUGUGGCUCAGGUGCCCCAUGGUGUUGUUUCCUUGCAACCGCAAGGGCAGGCUCCCGCUUCUUUUUUCCAGGGACAAGCACCAUCGUCUGGGCCGCCCGGACCUACAACUAUGGCAACGGGGCCCAAGAAAAAGUCUCCAUACCUACAGUAUCAUUACUUCACAGUCGCGUCAGUUGCGGAUAUUUCUCACUGGGUCGUAGACCCGAACCCAGAUGAUGAAACUUUCGAUGUGUACGACCUUGAAGCACUGCUUGACGGACUCAACUAUGACAACGUCGAGACCAAGAACGUGACAGUUUGUGGCCCCAAGGGCCGCCAGCUACGCCCCGAAUAUACAAAACUUAGAGAGGAGCUUCGAAAACCAGGCAUGCGUUGUCGUGUGGGCAAACUGCUCCCUUGGUAUCGUAGGGAAGAACUGGCCGAAUUUGAUGGCAGUAAAAACAUGCCUAGUUGGGUUGCGAUGGCGGAUGCGAUCUUUGAUAUCACAGAGUAUCUACCCAAGGACGCCGAAACACAGAAAUGGCUCAAUGGGAGCGCCGGUGGACCACUCAGGCCGGAUACGCAGGAACGUCUAGAUUGUAUCUCGGAAAUUUUGAGUUCUCCUCAAGUUCGCAAUAUUGGAAUUGUAAUGCCAGGGCCCUGCAAGACAGCGGCUCGAGAGCCGAGUUACUUGAUCCCGAAGUCUCGGCUCCGCCAUUACGACAACCCAACUGAUGGCCUCUACACUGUUAUCAAUGGCCAUGUAUACGACGUUGCUGACUAUAUGGACUUUCAUCCGGGCGGCACUAAGCUUUUUAACGCUGUUCUGGGGCGUGAUGGGACGAAGGCAUUUGAAGAAUAUCAUCCCCUCAGUCUGCUCGAACGGCCAGACUUUGCAAAGUUCAAAGUGGGCCGCGUAAUGAAGACUCGAAGAAGUGGUCAUGUCAGGGACGAUGAAAUCGCUUUGCAUGAUCUCGUCUUUACCGUCAGAGACCUCGAACACCAAGACCCAUUCCUGUACGAUAUGCUGUCGCCGUUCUACGGUACGGAUUCGACUCACAUUCUCACCAGCGACAAGCAAGAAGACGAAGAGAUCCGCGACGCCCUCACCACGUUUUACCUGCACCGCAAGGACCUGAUCGUCGCGCAGUUCCAGAUGCGGAAGCGAUUGCGCAAGGUAGAUCUGGACGAGGUCAAGAAGCAUCGGUACAUUUCUACGUCUAUCGUCCCUUGUGGAACCCAGGACCCGUGGGUUGUGGUUGAUGACAACGUGUACGACGUGACUCCUCUCCUCCGACAUCCACAAUUCUACGACCCCAACUCCGGCCUCACCACGCGCGACGCCGGGGAGGUCAUAAGCGGCUCUAGGACUGGCAGAUGGCUCAGGAGCGAGCACGGCCACCGCAUCAUCGCAAAGGUCAAGACCCCGCGACACGACUCCGUGUCGACGAUGGAUCUGGAUGCGUUCGAGGAGUCUCUGGACGGCGAUACCGGCAAGAAGAGAAAGGCUGGCAAUGAGCAGGUUCAUCGGAGUUUGGCGGCGGAAACAAAGGCGACCCGAGCGGCGGCCAAGAGGCAAAAAGGUUCGGGGGGCUCAAGAGUAGGUGGUCCAGGGUGUCCGAGGGUUGGGUGA